AUUAAUGAAAUUUCCGCUGCGGGUCAAAGUGAUUAAUGAAAUUUCGAGGCGUCCUCUCUCCUUUCCUGAUACCACAGAUCUCUCCUCUCUCUCUGGACAAAUGGAUUUCCAAAUACGCAGCGUUUUGCAUCUGUUCGUCAUCUUCUCUCUUUUCUUCUCAAUAGCUGAGGCUGAGACUGCUGGCUCGGUUUUUUUCAUCGAUAGCCAGACUCGUCAAUAUCUGCGCACUCCAUCACCAAACGAUGUCGUCCAGUCCAUGUCACUUCAAGAAGUUGGUGCUGCUGUGUCGGUCUUGCUUGGUUUUGCGCCAUCGGAUGCUCUUUCAGCUGCUAGUUCAUUGAAGUUGAACGAGGUUCUCAUGCCUACUCCAUUUAACAGGCCUCGAGCUGUUUUCAUGCUGGAAGUCACUGGAGAAAUCCCAUCUGUGGCUGAACAAGCAAAUGCCAUGUUCAAUGGUGCCUUCAAGAGUGAGAUUGUUCUUGGUUCAGAUAAGGCUGGCAUUCAACUUCCAGGUGAAGAGGUUUCAGUGGUUUCUCUAGAUGAAGAGUUGGCAGACUUCACUGACAAGGAAAUUAGUGAUUUUGCAUCUUGGUUGGGUGGAUCAUAUGUUGUUGAUCCCUUGGAAGCAUGGAAUGGAGAGUUAGCAAUCCCACUGGCUAGUGGUGCCACUACAAGUUUUCAUAUGUCUAAGAAAGCAAACAGGGAGUUUAUAGCAAGUCUUCUAGCUCUGUUCCGCAAUAGUAGAAGAGCAAUAGAGAUGCAUGAAGAUUUGUCGCAGAGCACUCAUCCACCUGCAGAGUUAUUGAAGGGCUGUUUUGAUGGUCUUAAGGCUUUGGGAGAGCAAUAUGGACCCGAGGGUGCUGCACAGAAAGGGCUGGAGCUAUUACUUACUACAUUGUCCAAGAUGUUUGAUUCAUUGCAAACAGCUUACAAAGGUCAAAUUGCCGGAGUAAUCUUUUUUAACACCGCACCUGCAUCAGAAUCAGAAACAGUGCUGGAUGUCAUGCUGACUUCCCGGCCAUCUGCACGUUGGUUGGAAGAAACAAAAACACCUAGCAAUGGAACCAUUGCAGAAGUGGCCUUGGUUAGAAUGACCCUUGCUUGGAUAACUGGAAUUGUUCUUAUCAUUGCUACUCUUUUGGGGAUCUACUAUCUCCUCAAUAUGCCAAUCACAAGGGACACCCUUCUCUACUCCAACGUCAAGCUUGACUAAGCUGAAAGGAGUCCGGUAGAUCUUUUUACUGCCGAAGGGUACCAUGGAGCCCACAUUCAAUGGGUUAUUUGUAGAUCUCUUGUCGUAAACCUAUUCGUUGGUUGUUCUGUUGUCUUGAAGAGGUUGCUCUAGCGAAUCAGAUGCUUGCUUUCUAGGCGUCAUUAGCUACAUUGAUCAAGGGACAAGGCUUACAAGAAAACCUGUUGGUUGAUGCAAACUCCUUUCGUAUACAGUAGGACAGUAACCUUUUUGGGGAGACAAAAUGUGGAACAACAAUCAUUAAUCAAUCUUGUUUAUUUAUUUAUUU